CUGGAGGAGUCCCAGUGUAAUAAGGUCCCGGAGAAGUGUCACUGGCCCUGAGUGGGACCCGGUAGCCCGUUCGCUCCGCGCCGGCGGCCUGUCCCCGCGGCUUGGCGGGCUAGGGCAGGGGAAAUGUUGCAGGAGGAGUCGGACCUCUCUCUCAUUAUUGCCCAGAUAGUCCAAAAGCUCAAGGGCUCCAAUUUGUACUCUCAGCUGGAACGGCAGGCCUGGGCCACUCUUCAGAGACCUGAGAUUAAACUUGAAUCACUGAAAGAAGAUAUUAAGGAAUUCUUUAAAAUAUCAGGUUGGGAGAAGAAACUUCAGAAUGCUGUUUAUAGUGAACUGAGUGUGUUUCCUUUACCUAGUCAUCCUGCUGCACCUCCUGAACAUCUUAAAGAACCUUUGGUAUACAUGAGGAAAGCACAGGGAAGUUGGGAAAAAAGAAUUUUGAAGAGUUUAAAUAGUAUGUGCACUGAACUAAGUAUCCCGCUGGCACGAAAGAGGCCAGCUGGAGAACAGAAAGAACUUCUUAAUAAAUGGAAUGAAAUGGGAACUGAUGAACCAGAUUUAAGCCUUUUCAGACCUGUUUAUGCACCUAAGGAUUUUCUUGAGGUAUUAAUUAAUCUUCGCAACCCAAAUUAUGAAAACGGUGAUUCUCUUAGUUUCAGGACUCAUUUGGGUUUAAUUCAAGUUCCACUGAAAGUAAAAGACAUCCCUGAAUUGAAAGAAUGCUUCGUGGAACUUGGCUUAAAUAUAGGACAACUGGGUAUUGAUGAUUCUACACAAGUGCCUCCUGAACUUUUUGAAAAUGAGCAUGUACGUAUUGGGCAAAAAGUUCUAGCAGAACAAGAUAGUGCUGCUGCUCAACAGUACAUCAGACAAGGAAGUCCCACGGCACUGAGAGCUGAAUUGUGGGCUCUCAUUUUGAAUAUUUCCAGCCAACCUGAGGAUGUCUUGUAUUAUGAGCAGCUUAAGACCAAUGUGAUACAACAUGACCUUUUGGUGGACAGUCUAAUCUAUAAAGAUGUGAAGUUGACAGCAAGCAAUGAUGAUUAUUAUUUUGUAUUUGAAGAUUAUUUAUAUCAGGUAUUACUUUGUUUUUCCCGGGAUACAUCUGUGUUGAGUCACUUUGCAUUCAACAGUGCCUCGCCACCAAAAUCAUACAUAAGAGGAAAACUAGGACUGGAAGAAUAUGCUGUCUUUUACCCACCAAAUGCAGAGUUAAGAACAUGGAUUUUUGUAAUCCAGCAGACUUGGGUUCAGAUCCCAGUUCUGCCAGCUUACCCUAUGACCUUAGGUGUUAUCCCUUUUCACGGAUUUUCAAUGUAUGUUGCACCACUUUGUUUUCUAUACCAUGAACCUUCCAAGUUAUAUCAGAUAUUCCGUGAGAUGUAUGUGCGUUUUUUCUUCAGACUCCAUUCCAUCUCUUCUCAUCCUUCUGGUAUUGUGUCACUCUGUCUGCUGUUUGAAACUCUUCUUCAAACUUAUCUUCCCCAACUCUUUUAUCAUCUACGAGAAAUUGGGGCUCAACCACUUCGCAUAUCAUUUAAGUGGAUGGUUCGAGCUUUCUCUGGAUACUUAGCUACAGAUCAGCUCUUGCUUUUAUGGGAUAGAAUCCUAGGAUACAACUCUCUGGAAAUUCUCGCUGUGCUGGCAGCUGCCGUGUUUGCUUUCCGAGCAGUGAACCUGAUGGAGGUGACAUCAUUGGCUGCAGCUGAAAUAUGUGGUGUACCUAUACUUACUCAACAAACAUUGAAUACUUACUCUGAGCAAGGUACUGUGCUGGACCUUCAAUGUAUACAGCUGCCCACAGUGAACGGUUCUGCACUGCUCCUCUAUUCCCUGAGCUUUACAGAGUCCAGAUCCCAUGUACUGCUGAACUCAGGCAGGAAGAAGAGUGCAGUUUAUUGGAUUCCAAAUCUCAUUCAACAGAACAAAGAAGUUGAGGUUUGCAAGGAAGAACCUAUAAUGAUGGGUCAUGGAAUAUAAACUAGAAAAGAAGAGAAAUAAAAGAGACUUGUUUCACCAUGUUGCCCAGGCUGGUCUCGAACUUCUGAGCUUAAGCGAUCCACCCUCCUCAGCCUCCAGAAGUGCUGGGAUUACAGGCAUGAGACACCAAGUCCAGCCAUAAGGUUCUUAUUCUAUAUAUGCAUGGUAUGAUAUCACCUGAAGGUAGACUGUGAGAAGUUAAAUACGUAUAUUUUUUGAAUCUUCAAACAACCACUAAAAUAAAAGAACAAAGAGUUACAACUAAUAAAGGAGAUAGAAUGGAAUCAUAAAAAUAUGUUUUCAAAAGAUGGUGUAAAAGGAUAAAAAGGAAACAAAAAACAGAUGGAGAAAAAUAGAAAAAAACAACAACAUGGUAGAUUAAAACUCAACCAUAUCAAUAAUCACAUUAAAUAAAAAAUCUAAAUACAAAAAUUUCAAUUAGAAGGCAGAGAUUGUCAGAUUGGAUUAAAAAAGAUGAGACCUACCUAUAUACUCCCUUCCAGAAACCCAUUUUAAUAUAUAGGCACAAUUAGGUUAAAAGUAAAAGGGUGAGAAAAGAUCAUGCUACCACUAAUCAAAAGUAAACUAGAGAGAUUUCAAAGCAGCAAGCGUUAUCAUGUUAAAGGUGAAUUCAUCAAGAAGGCAUAGUGCUAAACAUUUAUGCACAUAACAGAGUUCCUAAAUAUAUGGAGCAAAACUGAUAGAAGUGCAAGGAAAAACAGACAAAGCUAUAAUUAAUCAGAUUUCAACAACCUGUUUAAAUUAUUAGUGGAAUGAGUAAGUAGAAAAAUCUAUAGUUCUUAUUUCUUCUAGAUUUUUCUACCUAUUCCACCAAUAAUUGAUAAAGGGGUGUUGAAAUCUGACUAAUUUUCGAUAACAGAAGAACAACAUUAUUAACCAACUACGUCUAACUGCAUUUAUAGAACACCCCACCCAACAACAGCAAACUAUACAUUAAUCUCAAGUGCAGACAGAACUUCUGUGAGUAUAAAAUAUAUUUUGGGCCAAAAAACAGGUCUCAACAAUUUUACAAGGAUUCAAGCCAUAUAAAGUAUGUGCUCUGAUUACAAUGAGUAAUAUUAGAAAUUGAUAACAAAAAUAUCUGGAAAAAUCUUGAACUAUUGAGGAUACUAAUGAUUGCUAAAUAACACAUAGAUCAAGGAAUAAAUCAAAAGGGAAGCUCGAAAGUAUUUUGAACUGAAUGAAAAUGGAAAUAAAACAUCAAAAUUUUUGAAAUUCAGUCAAAGCAGUAUUUACUAGGAAAUUUGUACUAUAAAUACCUAUAUUAUUAUAGAAAAGGGGAAAGAUCUCACAUCAAUGAUCUUGGUUUCUAUUAAAAAACUAAAAGACAUACAAAUGGUCAACAGACAUAUGAAAAGACACUCAACAUCACUAAUCAUCAGGGAAAUGCAGAUUAAAACCACAAUGAGAUGUCACCUUCUACUUGUCAAGGUGUCUAUUAUCAAAAAAAAAAAAAGAUUAGUGUUCGCAACGAUGUUGAGAAAUUGGAACCCUUGUACACUGUUGGUGGGAAUGUGAAAUAGUGCAGCUGCUUGGAAAACAGUGUGGAGGUUCCUCAAAAAGUUAAAAUAGAACUACCAUACAAUCCAGCAAUCUCACUUCUGGAUAUUUAUCCAAAAGAAUUGAAAUCAGGAUCUCAAGGAGAUUUGAACACAUGUUCACUGCAACAUUAUUCCUAGUAGUCAAGAUAUGGAAACAACCUAAAUGAGUGAAUAGAUAAAGAAAGGUGGUAUAUACAUACAAUGGAAUAUUAUUCAGCCUUAAAAAAGAAGAAAAUCCUGCCAUCUAUGACAUGAGUAAACCUUGAUGACGUUAUACUAUGUGAAAUAAGCCAGUCACGGAAAGACAAAUACUGCAUGAUUCCACUUAUAUAAGGUAUCUAAAUAGUCAAAUUCAGAAGUAGAGUGGCGGUUGCCAGGGGAUGGGGGAGGGUGAAAUGAAGAAUUGUUUUUCAAUAGUAUAAAGCUUCAGUUAUGCAAGAUAAAUAAGUUCAAGAGAUCUGUUUCACAACAUUGUGCUAUAGUCAACAAUACUGUAUUAUACACUUAAAAUUUUGUUCAAAGGGUAUGUCUCAUGUUAAGUGUUCUUAUCACAUUUUUCAAACUAGAAAAAAGUGAGAAAAUUAAACCCCAAAAUAAGUAGAAUAAGGAAAUAAUAAAGAUCAGAACAGACAUCAAUGAAAUGGAAAACAAAAACAAUAGUGUCAUUGCAACAAAAAUUUGGUUCUUCAAUGCAGUCAGUAUAAUUAGUAAACCUCUAUCCAGACUGAUUAGGAAAAAAAAGAGAAAA